UCACAGCAUACUCUUAUCAGGAAAUAGUUGCAAUUACGGAACUAAAUCGGUAUGUAAAAACACGCGGCGGUUUUGAGCUGCUUGGUUACUGUGGAGGCUGCAUGGCUGCUGACCCUAAACAGAAUCUUUUUAAGCAAAAAAGCAGUGCCCCUAUUCCUUAUAAGGCAUGGGCAGGCUUCCCUGAGCACUGAGAAAGGGGCGGUAACGGGUUAUUUCAGCGGAGUUUCUCCAGCAGCAGUCGCGGCAGAGUGAAGAAGUUGCAUUGAAAUUACAAAGCCCUUCGCCUGAGCUGAGGAAUUCAGGCAAGAGAGCGGGAAUCAGGUGAAACUGAAAAAAAAAAAUAAUAUCACGACGUGAUCAUGGGAAAAUCAGAACUACAUGCUGCUUUUAACUUUGAAGGUGCAUCCUUGGAGCAUGGCAUAAAGGACUAUAGUGCGUUUUCAGAAGGAGCUGCAUCUCCAGCUGAUGAGAGCUUCCAAACAAUUUGCUGAAGAGGUCUUGAAAGCACACAAUGACUACAGGAAGAAACACGGAGUCCCCCCAUUAAAACUCUGCAAGAAGUUAAACAGAGGAGCCCAACAGUAUGCAGAAGAACUGGCAGCCUCAAGGGUCCUCAAACACAGCUCUGAGUCUGCUAAUGGAAAAUGUGGAGAGAAUUUGGCCUGGGCAUCCUACGAUCAACCAGGGAAGGAUGUUGCUGACAGAUGGUACAGUGAAAUAAAGAAUUACAGCUUUCAAAACCCAGGGUUUUCUUCAGGGACAGGUCAUUUCACAGCAAUGGUUUGGAAGAGCACAAAGAAAAUGGGUGUUGGAAAAGCAUCUGCUAGUGAUGGUUCUACAUUUGUGGUCGCUAGGUACGAUCCAGCUGGAAAUGUAGUAAAUCCAGGCUACUACGAAGAAAAUGUCCUUCCUCCAAGAAAAUAACCUUUCUUUGGAGGUAGUCUUACUGCUUCGUGACAAAUGAACCUAGGUUUGGACUUAACACUGUUUGAAGUGGAGUACAAUUCAAUGAAAUUUCCUGUUGGAUACUGCUGCUCACUUCUCAUUGCAGAAGAAGCAAUUACAUGUUGCUUGAGUCAAUCUGCACAUUAAGUCCCUGUUGUUUCUGAGGAGACUUCAGUUUAUUUGAGGAUGAAGUAUAUGCAGCAUUUCUGAGGGGUAAAAGUUUCUAGCUUGUUCUUUUUUGUGGUAGUUUGCAUGAACUCUGUGUCAGUAUGUGAGAAUACACAUGUUGGAUGUCUUUGUCUAAACAAGCGAAUUCGUAGCUCUAUGUAAACUGAAGAUACCAGCUUGUAACUAUAUCAUGUAUUCCAGGUUUUCUUUUUUUUUGCUAUUAAGUGCGACUUCUUUGCUCUGUCUGUACCUUUUUCUACUGUGAGGUCUCAUCCCUACAGCUUGAACGUAUGCAAAGCCUCCUGUAUGAAAGUUACACACACAUAUAAAACGCAGUGCAAUCCAGACAUAUAUGCUUUCAUUAAAAUGAUCUCACGGGACACUAAGACUACACUGGCAAAGUUGUACCAGUCAAGCAAGCUAUAACUCAUGCAUGACCAAAAAAUUACUAGAAAUGUUUAAAACUUAGCUUUACAUUUCAGGUGCUAAUAUCUGAAAACACAACACUAUCUUACAGUUUACAGAGUAUGCAUUGUCUUAUAAUCAAAUUGAUUACUUCCCUUCCAGAAAAGCAAAGCGCUGCCAUUUAUCUUUGAUAUUUACACACAAAAUAAAUUUCUCUGGGAAAUCAUCAUCGAUUUCAUUUUACGGUAACUUAUUUUUAUUUCCUAGAGAAUAUCUUCUGCAGGCAUUAACAUUCCCAAAUCGUAAUUAAGAGAUGUUUGCUCUUAGUUCAUAAAAUGCAAAGAGUUCAUGUACUGUGCUUCAAGUUGGGAUUUUCUUUUCUAUGUAAGGUUUCCUUUUGACUUCUGAGAUUUGGCUCACGAAGAGUGCCAUUGCAGAAAUAGUUUCUUUUGUUUACACAGUUGAAAUAAACUGCACUGUUACAGCUUGAUGAUAUAUCACUGUGAUGCUAUAUAUUACAAUCCUUUUGCUGUAACCAAGAAUUCAAUACAUAUUAUGGCAUCUGAAAAUUAUAUAUUUUUGAAUAUGAAUCACUGAAGUCUUUGCUGUUACCUGAAUUUUUGUUGAAUAAUCUUUAAAUUUUAUUUCCAAGACAUUAACAUAGGACAAUAUUACUUAAGUAAUGAAGUGCAAAAAAACAAACAAACAAAAAAACAACAAAAAAAAAACCACCAAGAAAGAAACAAACAAACAACAACAACAACAGAAACAACCAAAAACCAGCAAGUAAUCUAGCCCAGGAAAGACAGGAGACCUAAGAAAUGAUAAAUCAUAAUAUAGACAAGAGAUGACCAUCACCUUUUUAUACAAACUUUGAACUAAGCCUUGGAUUCAAUGCUGAACAGACAUAUGUCUUUCUCUGCUGAAUUCCUGCUUUGCGUUUUAAUUUCUCCCUCUCUUGGUUGACACGUUCUCGGUAAAGAACAGCCACUUCACUCCCACUCAGACAUGUCUGUUUAGUAACUGCAGUUUUGAGGCCUUCCCAUCUUCAACUUUCAUUUAAGAAAUGUCAAAUAAAUCAAUGGUAUUCAAAUA